UGCUCUCUUGUGGCCAUCAUUAAGUCAACCAAACACACAUGUAGCUCCAAUGCAAACAUUGAUCAAUACAACAAGUACAACUAGCCACUUCUUCUCUAGAUAAUCAAUCAAUUGGCUGCUUGAAAUUCAGUUUUGUUGCUGAUGACAGUAAUUUGGUUAGAGAGAAAAAGAAACCCCAAUCUUUUUACCUGCAUCACAAAGAUUAUUAGAUGAUAACUUAUCUGAAACUUCAGAAAUCUGAACUCUGAAGCAGCAGCAGCAAUGGAGGCGCUCUACUUGCUGGCGUCCUUAGCCGCCACGCUCCUCACCUCCACCGUCCUCUCCCUCCUCCUCCUCCUCCGCCUCCUCCUCCUCCGGUUCCAGCGCCGCCCUCUCGCCGGCGCCGAUGGAGCUGUGCGCCUGUACGAGGGGCGCGUCCGGCACUCGCGGCGGCGGCCCGCGGCGCACGCCUUCGAGUACCCCGUGCGCUACGCGCUCGUUGACCUCGACCGCCUCCCGCUCCCCGGCCACCUCUCGCCCGCCGACGCCCGCCGCAUCGCCUCCACCUCCGGCCCCGUGCAUCUCCUGACGAUACCCAAGAGCGUAGGGUACGAACAGAACCCGCUCAGCAUUUACUACUGCUAUGAUUCAGCAGAGCAAGGACAGGAUGGAGACCUCAAGAUGUGCAUUGCUGAGGUCACAAACACUCCGUGGGGGGAGAGGGUGAUGUUCACCUUCCAACCAGGUUCUGAUCUCGUUGCGAAACCGUUACAUGUCAGCCCUUUCAUGGAUAUGCUUGGCAAUUGGAGUAUUCGUGCUGAAUCCCCUGGGGAUGCUCUCUAUGUGGUUAUUUCAGUUCAGCAUCCAACACUCGGCAACUAUUUCACCGCAGCAUUGCACGCCAAAUUAGUUGAGAAGACGAGUAGUUCUCUUAGGCUAGCAGCAUUCUUCUGGCUGAUGCCUCAUAAAGUUGCUGUCGGGAUUUACUGGGAGGCCGUCAGACUUUGGCUGAAGAGUGUCAAAUUCCUGGACCAUCCAAGAUACCUGAACAUGGCUUACAGAGACGAAGCGCAGAAGCGCGAUCUCGAGAUCCGAUCAUCGUGCAGCUUCCUUCAGAAACAGAAACUGAACGAUCAAAGAAGCGGCAGCGCGGCUGAUGAAAUCUCAGUUCAUCAUGAUCACAGCGGUGAAGGGGGAGUCACGAAGAGGCGGUGCGUGUGGAGGGAUGCACAAUGGCCAUGGUCAUGACUAAAUUAACAGCACGAAUUGUCUUUUCAGAAAGAACACGAGGAGAUACCAUGUCGAUUCAGUACUACACUGCACUGCUGUUUAAUAAUCCACUCCUUCCAUGAACAAUAUUUAGAACAUCACCAACCACUCCAUCGAUGCGAUUGUAGUUUGUCCACACUGCAAGUUGUUGAGAAUUUCUUAGCGACAGCUCACUUUAAUUUAUUUCUGUCAUCAGUAACAUCGACAGAACUGAAUCUUGUCGAUCUAACCACAUGGUCUCGUUCCCUGAAGAGACAAGUUUGGUCAGUGUGUGACUAGUUUUUGACCCGAUCAAAGACUAAUGUUCUAAAUUCGAAUGUGUAAUCUCCUGUUGAUGCUAUGAUUAGGCAGUGCUUAAUGUCAAUUAGCAUGUGCCUUGCUGCUGAGAUGAAAGUGCGUGAUUCUU